CUGGUCACUGCCCCUUUCAAAGGUGAAGACAGUAAAAUUUAUGACGGGCGUCCUAUCAGACAACAGAGGAGCAUAAAAGCAGAAGGAAGAGUGAUAGCCCAUCGGUCCGCGGACGUCUGGAGGGUUCCAGCAUGGGGCUGCGGCCACGCACUUUCCUCCUGGGGCUGCUGCUGCUGCUGCUGGGACGAGGAACUACCCAGGCCCGUACCUCCCCUGGAGAGAACACACUGGAAGAGCAGCUAUGGCCAGAGUGGCAGAGCCUGAAGGGUUUUCCAUUCUCAUGCAACUCAAAGAAGUCAGGAUCUGAUGCGCCUUCUAACUCAGUCCACUCUCUGAGCCCUUCUGAUAUUAAACUUGUGGCAGCCAUUGGCAAUGUGGAAACUCCUCCAGACUCAGGGACGGAUGACCUGGAGAAGCAAGAAUGGACUGAAAGCGAGGGACCGCAGGCGUGCAUGGGAGUGGUGACCGUCCUUUCAGAUGUCAUCAGACACUUCAAUCCAUCUGUCCUGAGGCCCAUCUGCAGCCCUGGGAAGGGAGUGGUACCCCAUAACGGUGCCGAAGACUUGUGGAUUCAGGCAAAAGAGCUGGUGAGGAACAUGAAAGAGAACCAGCAACUUGACUUUCAGAAUGACUGGAAGCUCAUCACCGUGUUCUUCAGUAACACUAGCCAGUGUCACCUGUGUCCCUCCGCCCAACAGCAAAGACACGUGACGAGCAGCAUGGACCAGCUGACGAGAAUGCUGGACUGCCUGCAUCAGGAGGUCCCCAAAGCGUUUGUGAACCUGGUGGAUCUCUCCGGGGUUCUGAGGGGCUCGCACUGGCAUCAGGGGACUCCGCUCAGUCCCACGGCCGAGCCCUGCAGGUGCUCAGGGGAGACCUCGCGGCUGUCCAGGGUUGCGACCCAGUGGGCCUAUCAGGAAACCUGGGAACAGCUCCUGGCCUCCAGCAAGUACAACGAGCAGACGUCCUUCGCAGUGGUUUUCCAGCCUUUCUUCUACGAGGGAACCCUGCCACCACCCUCGGGGGAGCGACCACUCCAGGAUCCCACCGUCCUUGCCUUGACUCUCUGGAACAGCAUGAUGGAGCCAGCAGGACAGAAAGAUGAGCCAUUCAGUGCCAAAGAGAGGCGGCCAGUGAAAUGUCCCUCUCAGGAGAAUCCCUAUCUGUUCACCUACAGGAACAGCAACUACCUGCCCAGGUUGCAGAAAUCCCAGGCGAAGUUUGAGGUGAGAGAUGGAACGGAAAUCAGGUGUCCUGACAAGGAUCCCUCUGACACGAUUCCCACAUCAGUUCACAGGCUGAAGCUGGCUGACAUCAAGGUCAUCGGAGCCCUGGGUGAUUCGCUCACGGCAGGUAAUGGGGCCGGAUCCAAGCCUGGGAACGUCCUGGACGUCUUAACUCAGUAUCGAGGUCUGUCCUGGAGCGCGGGCGGCGAUCAGAACCUCAGCAGCGUCACCACCUUGCCCAACAUCCUCCGGGAAUUCAACCCUUCCCUGAAGGGUUUCUCUGUUGGCACUGGAAGAGAAAACAGUCCUGGGGCCUUCCUAAACCAGGCCGUGGCAGGAGCCCGAGCUGAGGAGUUACCUGCUCAGGCCGGGAGGCUGGUGGGUCUGAUGAAGAAUUGCGAGGAUAUAAAUUUUCAGGAAGAUUGGAAGAUAAUAACCCUGUUUAUAGGAGGCAACGACCUCUGUAAUGUCUGCAAAGACCCGGUCCGCUAUUCUCCACAGAAGUUCGUGGACAACAUCGGGAAGGCUCUGGAUAUCCUCCAUGCCGAGGUGCCUCGGGCGUUUGUGAACCUGGUAAAGAUCCUGGAGAUCAUCAGCCUGAGGGAGCUGUACCAGGAGAAGAAUGUCAGCUGCCCGCGGCUGGUCCUCCGGAAACUGUGUCCCUGUGUCUUGAAGUUUGAUGAUAACUCAACAGAACUUGCCUCCCUCAUCAAAGUGAACAAGAAGUAUCAGGAGGGGACUCACCAGCUGGUCGAGAGUGGGCGAUAUGACACAAGGGAAGAUUUUACAGUGGUCGUGCAGCCGUUCUUUGAAAACGUGGCGAUGCCAAAGACCCCGGAGGGGUUGCCUGACAGCUCUUUCUUCGCUCCUGACUGUUUCCACUUCAGUAGCAAGGCUCAUGCCCGCGCAGCCCAGGCCCUGUGGAACAACAUGCUGGAACCUGUCGGCCAGAAGACAAGAAGGCAUAGGUUUGAAGACAAGAUCAAUAUCACAUGUCCCGACCAGGUUCGGCCAUUUCUGAGCACCUACAAGAACGCUGUGCAGGGUCACGGGAGCCAGCUGCUGUGCAGUGACAGAGCCCCUUCUGCCUCGCCGCCCACCUCAGUGCACACCCUGAGACCUGCAGACAUCCAAGUUGUGGCCGCUCUGGGGGAUUCUCUGACCGCUGGCAAUGGGAUUGGCUCCAAACCGAAUGACCUAUCUGACGUCACUACUCAGUACCGGGGGCUGUCAUAUAGUUCAGGAGGGGACGGCUACCUGGAGAAUGUGACCACCUUACCGAAUAUCCUUCGGAAGUUCAACGGAAAUCUCACAGGCUAUGCGGUGGGCACAGGCAACGCCAGUGACACAAAUGCCUUCCUCAAUCAGGCUGUUCCUGGAACAAAGGCUAAGGAACUUUCAAGCCAAGUCCAGACUCUGAUACAGAAGAUGAAAGAUGACCAUAGAGUAAAUUUCCACGAGGACUGGAAGGUCAUCACGGUGUUGAUUGGAGGCAGUGACUUAUGUGACUACUGCACGGAUUCGAAUCUGUAUUCUGCAGCCAACUUUUUUGACCAUCUCCGAAAUGCCCUGGACAUCCUGCACAGAGAGGUACCCCGGGCGCUGGUCAACCUCGUGGACUUCAUGAGCCCCCGCGUCAUGCGGCGCGUGUUCCUGGGGAACCCCGACAAGUGCCCGGUGCAGCAGGCCAGCAUUUUGUGUAACUGCGUUCUGACCCCGCGGGAGAGCUCCCAAGAGCUGGCCAGGUUGGAGGCCGUCACCCGAGCCUACCAGAGCAGCAUGCGUGAGCUGGUGGAGUCAGGUCGCUACGACACGCGGGAGGACUUCUCCGUGGUGCUGCAGCCCUUCUUCUACAACAUCCAGCUCCCCAUCCUGGCGGAUGGGCGCCCGGAUGUGUCCUUCUUCGCCCCAGACUGCCUCCAUCCAAAUCAGAAAUUCCACUCCCAGCUCUCCAGAGCCCUUUGGGUCAAUAUGCUUGAGCCACUAGGAAAGAAAACGGAUACCCUGGACCUGACGGCAGCUAUACGCCUCCCCUGCCCUGCUCAGAAUGAACCCUUCCUGAGAACCCCCCGGAACAGUAACUACACAUACCCCACCAAGCCGUCCAUUGAGAACUGGGGCAGUGACUUCCUGUGUGAGGAGUGGAAUCCUUCCAACAGUGUCCCCACAUCAGUCCAUGAGCUCCGGCCAGCGGAUAUCAAAGUGGUAGCUGCCCUGGGUGACUCGCUGACUACAGCGGUGGGAGCCCGACCCAGCAACUCCAGUGACCUCUCCACAGCCUGGAGGGGACUCUCCUGGAGCAUUGGAGGGGACGGCGACUUGGGGACCCACACCACACUGCCCAACAUUCUGAAGAAGUUCAACCCCAAAAUCUUCGGCUUCUCCGCCGGCACCCGGGAGGAGACGGCCGGGCUGAAUGCAGCAGUGGGAGGGGCCAGAGCUCGUGACAUGCCGGCCCAGGCCCGGGACCUCAUGGAGCGAAUGAAGAACAGCCCUGAAAUCAACCUACAGAAAGACUGGAAGCUCAUCACCCUGUUCAUUGGGAGCAACGAUUUGUGCCAUUACUGCGAGAAUCCGGAGGCCCACGCAGCCAGCGAGUAUGUUCGGCACAUCCAGCAGGCCCUGGGCAUCUUCUAUGAGGAGCUUCCAAGGGCUUUCAUCAACGUGGUAGAGGUCAUGGAGCUGGCUGGCCUGCACCAGGGCCAAGGUGGGAAAUGUGUCAUGCCACUGGCAGCCCAGAACAACUGCACCUGCCUCCGAGGCUCCCAGGAGAACUCCCUGGAGAUGCUGCAAGAACUGAAGACAGUGAACUGGGACUUCCAGAGUCGCCUCUCCAGGCUCUCCUACCAGUACCUGCAGCGUGAGGACUUCGCCGUGGUUGUGCAGCCUUUCCUCCAAAACACUCUUGUCCCCCUGAAUGACCGAGGAGGCGCUGACCUCACCUUCUUCUCCGAGGACUGUUUCCACUUCUCAGAACGCGGGCAUGCUGAGAUGGCCAUCGCUCUCUGGAAUAACAUGCUGGAACCCGUGGGUCAAAAGACAACCUCCAACAACUUCACCUAUAGCCGAACCAAACUCAAGUGCCCCUCCCCUGGGCGCCCCUACAUCUGCACCCUGAGGAACAGUCGGCUGCUCCAAGGCCGGGCUAAAGCAGACCCCCCAAUGCUCUCCUGGGCCGUGCCAGUGGCAGCAGGAGGCGGCCUUGCGGUUGGUGUCGGCACAGUGAUGGCCUGGAGAGCCCUAAGGGGUCGCCAGAGGGAAAAUCCUCCCAUAAGUCUGAACACUGUGAGCUUGUAGGCCCGCCAGCCCUGUGCGGGCUCUCAUCCUGAAUUCCCCAGCCACGUUCCUCACCAGCCCUCUCCCUUGGCCACCCCUGGCCACUAAGGAGGUCACUCGCUUCAACACCUGGUAAUGUAGGAAGCCAAAGGGACAGUCACAACUCCUUGGGGCCUGGGACCUAUGAUCCUGGAAUCGGCACAUCUAAAUAAAGGCCAAAGCUGUUCUA